CCUAGCUAGGGAGACAGCCUGAUUAUCUGGGCGACCAACUUAACAACUAUGAUCGAUAGUUUGUUUACGAAAAAUAUUAAUAGAAAUUAACGCAAUUUUACUGAAAUAUAUUAUGGCUGGAGAAGUGAUUGUUGAUGCACUGCCGUACAUCGAUCAAGGAUACGAUGAACCGGGCGUUCGAGAAGCGGCGCUGGCGAUGGUAGAGGAAGAGACACGGCGUUACAGGCCGACGAAAAAUUAUUUGGAGCAUCUGCAGCCUCUUUGCAUAACUGCCUUCGAGACAGAGGUGAUGAAGCACGAGUUCGAGAGGAUGCAGAAUCGCUUGCCGAUGGAGGUGCUCAGCAUGAAGCGUUACGAGUUACCGCCGCCUGCGUCCGGCAAGCUGAACGAUUUAGCUGCGUGGAACGAAAGCGUCGAGAACAGCAGCGCGCAAUUGGAGCAUCAGGCCACUAGAAUCUGCAAUUUGGAGCUGAUGAUGGACUACGGCUGCGAGGCUUGGAAAUCCUAUUUGGAAGUGCUGGUUAAGCUGUUGGGUCAGGCUCAGAAGCAGGUGCAGUCGCUGAGGAAGAAGAUUCAGGAGGUCAACUGGCAGAGGAAGUCGAUGCAGACUCAAGGAGGCGACAAACUGAGGGCCCUCGAGGCGCAGUGGGUCGGUUUGGUGUCUAAGAAUUACGAGAUCGAGCAGGCCUGCGUGCACCUGGAGGAGGAGAUGCAGAAGAUCAUGAUGAGCAAGGAGGCGGUGGAGAUCAAUGACGUGCCGGCGGAGGAAGGACCCGAUGUACCCGGGAAUAACGCCACAGAGACCAUGGCGCUACAGAUGCAGCGGCAGGAGAAUCCGGACGAUUAGCUCCAAUUGCAAUUGUAUAUAAAUGAUAUAAAUAAGGAAUUUAUUUUACGAAGCACAGCAGCAGAUUCAUAUUCGUCAAGUAUUUGGACGCAUUGUAGGGGGAUAUCUAUUAUAAAGCACAGUUUAUUUCAUUAUAGUUUACACGUAUCACACUUGUGGUUUAUGCUUUUACAAUAUACAUAUGUACACGGCGGUUAUCGAUAGCGCGAUACACUACUGAACUAAUCAUUUGUAAUUCACGACGUGCUGAGGGGUCUGUUUUAUAUAGGCUGUUUGCGUUCGUGUAUCGACGCAAUUGCACACAUUGCGUAGGCCUAGCUCCGAGUCGUUUCUCCUUUUUUUUUUAUUCUCGUUAGGACAGCAGCAAUAUAUACCGUGAUAUAAUUACAAAGCGAAUAGCUAAGCACUUUUACUUUCGACUAUUCGUGUAAAAAAAUAUGUGUGUGUGGUGUGUGUGCAUGUAUUGAUGUGUGUGUGUAUGUGUGAGAGAGAGUUGUAAUCUUCAUUUUGCGUUUAACCGUGUUUUCUCGCAAUGACAGAAUAGACAUUAAAAGU